AUGAUCGACCUCUCCAACAAAGUAAUCGUCCUCACCGGCGGCGCCUCGGGCAUCGGCCGCGCAACCGCGCUCCUCCUCGCCUCCCUCGGCGCCAAACUCUCCAUUGCAGAUCUCCAACAAGAGGCGCUCGAGUCCGUAGCACAGGAAAUCAAAGGCGCGGGCCACGGCGACGUCCUCACGACAAAAGUCGACGUCCGCCAGGCGGACGCUGUCGAGGCUUGGAUCCAGCAGACAGUGCAAUGGGCCGGGAGGAUCGAUGGCGCGGCGAAUUUGGCGGGUGUUAUUGGCAAGUCGAUUGGGCUUGCUGGGAUCAAAGAAACCGACAGCGACGAGUGGGACUUUAUCAUGGACGUCAACCUGAAGGGCCUGAUGCACUGCAUGCGCGCCGAGCUCAAAGUCCUGGCUGAUAAGGGCUCUGUCGUCAACGCGGCGAGUAUCGCCGGACUGAUGGGAUUCCCACGCAAUGCAGCCUACUGUGCCAGUAAGCACGGCGUGAUCGGCUUAUCUCGGUCUGCGGCCAAGGAGGUUGGCAGUACACAGGGUAUCAGAGUUAACUGCAUUGCUCCGGGAGCAAUUCAAACACCCAUGCUGGCGCAGUCUUACGCCACGAGCGGGAAUGCGGCGCUGGAAGCGGGGACUGCAUUGGGGAGGCCGGGGGUUGCAGAGGAGGUGGCGAACUUGGUUGCGUUUUUGUUGAGCGAUGCGUCUACGUUUAUUACUGGUAGUGUGUAUUCGAUUGAUGGGGGGUGGGCGUGUUAG